AGUAAAGAUGGCGGCGCGGCGGUCUCCGCCUUCUGCUCCUGGCUGAAGCGCUGUGAGGGAGGCGGGCAGCGGCACCCCGAGCCGCUACUGCAAUCCAGUGGUGAUAUAGUUUCGGCAGCUGCCGAGGCCGGAGCCAUGGCGGAGCUGGAGCACCUGGGCGGGAAGCGGGCAGAGUCGGCGCGAAUGCGGCGCGCUGAGCAGCUGCGGCGCUGGCGGGGCUCGCUGACAGAGCAGGAGCCCGCGGAGCGGCGAGGCGCGGGGCGACAGCAGCCGACGCGGCGCGGGAGCCCCAGGGUCCGCUUCGAGGACGGCGCGGUCUUCCUGGCCGCCUGCUCUAGCGGGGACACCGACGAGGUGAAGAAGCUCCUGGCCCGAGGAGCCGACAUCAACACGGUCAACGUGGACGGCUUGACAGCCCUGCACCAGGCCUGUAUUGAUGAGAAUUUGGACAUGGUGAAGUUUCUGGUGGAAAACAGAGCCAAUGUAAACCAGCAGGACAACGAGGGCUGGACCCCACUCCAUGCAGCAGCUUCCUGUGGCUAUCUCAACAUAGCAGAGUAUUUCAUUAACCAUGGAGCCAGUGUGGGCAUUGUGAACAGUGAAGGUGAAGUCCCCUCUGACCUUGCAGAAGAGCCAGCAAUGAAGGAUCUUCUCCUGGAGCAAGUAAAGAAGCAAGGAGUUGAUCUCGAGCAGUCAAGGAAGGAGGAAGAGCAGCAGAUGCUGCAGGAUGCCCGCCAGUGGCUCAAUAGCGGGAAGAUAGAAGACGUGAGGCAGGCUCGCUCAGGGGCCACCGCCCUGCAUGUGGCCGCUGCCAAGGGCUACGCAGAAGUCCUCAGACUUUUAAUUCAGGCUGGCUGUGAACUCAAUGUUCAGGAUUAUGAUGGCUGGACUCCCCUCCAUGCUGCUGCACACUGGGGAGUGAAGGAGGCCUGCUCCAUCCUGGCAGAGGCACUCUGUGACAUGGAUAUCCGGAACAAACUGGGCCAGACACCGUUUGACGUGGCUGAUGAGGGUCUUGUGGAGCACCUGGAGAUGCUCCAGAAGAAGCAGAACGUGCUUCGAAGUGAAAAGGAGACACGGAAUAAACUCAUUGAGUCAGACCUGAACAGCAAGUUGCAGAGUGGACUCUUUAAGAACAAGGAGAAGAUGCUCUAUGAAGAGGAGACGCCCAAGUCUCAGAAACUAGAGGAAGAAAACAAAGAGUCCAGCAGCUCCAGCUCAGAGGAGGAGGAGGGUGAAGACGAAGCUUCCGAAUCAGAAAAUGAGAAGGAGUCGGAUAAAAAGCCAGAAGCCAUUGUCAGCCAUUCCAACUCUGAGAGCAAGAGUAGUAUCAUGGAGCAGAUACCAGCGCCAGCUCAGAAUGCCUUCUCUGCCUCUUCUACUAGGAGACACUCCUCCAGCUUCUUCAAUAAGUCAGAAGAGCCCAAAGAUGAGUCCCCUUCGUCGUGGAGACUGGGACUCAGGAAGACUGGCAGCCACAACAUGCUGAGCGAGGCGGCCAACUCCAGGGAGGCUCUGCGGGACCGCGGCUCCUCCAUCUACCGCUCCUCGUCAAGCCCUCGGAUUUCCGCUCUGCUCGACAAUAAAGAAAAGGAGAGAGAAAACAGAGGCUAUUUCAGUUCCCUAGUGCCCCGGAGACUCAACAGCACAAGUGACGCUGAAGAAAAGGAGAACAGAGAAUCGGCUGUUAACCUAGUGCGGAGUGGCUCCUAUACCCGGCAGCUGUGGAGGGAUGAGGCGAAGGGAAAUGACACCCCACAGACAGCUGCCCCUUCGACCUAUGUGUCACCCUACUUGAAAAGUGCUUCAUUUGGUAGAAGUAGUGACCCCACAAGUCCCUACAUUUCAGCCAAUCGCAAUUCAUCUCCUGCUACCUCACCCAUUACCAUUGGUUCAUCUACCUCUCUGGGCAGCCAGUGGCAACCUGCCUCUUCUUGCUCUGCACCAGUCAGUGCAAACACUACUGCAUCUGUCCACCAUGGCAGGACUCCUUACAGAUCCCAGACUGACUCGACAGCAGAGAGUGUUUCUCCCAGCACCCCGCUGUGUGUGAUCACCAAUCGCCCUCUACCUAGCACUGCCAAUGGGGUGACAGCUGCCACUGUGCUCUCCUCCACUGGAACGGACUCCUCUGUGGAAGCCAGGGAGAAGAGGAGGUCCUAUCUGACCCCGGUACGAGAUGAAGAAGCAGAGUCUUUACGGAAAGCACGCUCCAGACAAGCUCGGCAGACACGAAGGUCUACUCAAGGUGUCACGCUGACAGACCUUCAAGAAGCAGAAAGGACUUUCAGCCGGUCGAGGGCAGAGAGGCAAGCUCAGGAGCAGCCUGGUGAGCAGCCUGUGGACGCCGCAGGGCUGGAGAAGAGCCCUGAGAAGCAUGAGCCCUCAGCAGCCCCAGCAAAGGGAGCUGGGGAGGGUCAGCAGCCCUGGGGCGGAAGCCUGGAUGAAGAGCCUAUUUAUCGUCGCUUGAGGUAUCCGUCUCAGCCAGACAAGCCCACAACCCCAGUGUCUCCUUCUGCUUCGAGACCCUCACUCUAUACCAGUUCCCAUCUAUUACGAACAAGCAGAUCUUCAGUCCCUGAAUCUGAGAGUUCAGAGACAACUGCAGACGCUGCACCUGCAAAAGAAAUGGACAGAAAUGAGAGUGAAGAAGCAGAUUUGGAUGAUCAGUCCUCUAAUAGGCUGUCCAUCCGAGAGAGGAGGCGGCCCAAGGAGCGGCGGAGAGGCACGGGCAUCAAUUUCUGGACAAAGGAUGAGGAUGCAGCUGAUGUCUCUGAAGAGGUCAAAGAAGCAUGGCAUGAAAGACUUUCUAGGUUGGAAUCUGGAGGUAGUAGUAACCCUACAGCCAGCGAUUCAUAUGGUGACCGGGCCUCAGCCAGAGCGCGACGGGAGGCCCGGGAGGCCCGUCUAGCCACCCUCACCAGCCGUGUGGAAGAGGACAGCAACAGGGACUAUAAAAAACUCUACGAGAGUGCCCUGACUGAAAACCAAAAACUGAAGUCAAAGCUUCAGGAGGCUCAGCUGGAACUGGCAGACGUAAAAUCCAAGCUGGAGAAGAUGGCCCAGCAGAAGCAGGAGAAGACUUCUGACCGAUCCUCCAUGCUGGAGAUGGAGAAGCGGGAGAGGCGAGCCUUGGAGCGGAAAAUGUCGGAGAUGGAAGAGGAGAUGAAGGUGUUAACAGAACUGAAAUCCGACAACCAGCGGCUGAAAGAUGAAAACGGUGCCCUCAUCAGAGUCAUCAGCAAACUGUCUAAGUAGACCAGGCUCCGGAUGUAGGAGGGGAGGGCCCGCCUUGCUGCACACCCCUCCCUUCCAGCCAAAGGAAGUGAGCGUUCUGGUGGAAGGACACUUCCUCCUGACCCGCUUCCGUCACCUCCUCUGCACUGUACAUUCUCUCUGCACCCCCGAUGCCCUCUCCUCCCACACCCCCACUUGGGUUUUAUGAGUUUUGACUGAAGCAUGGUCCUGACCAUACAAGCCAUCUGGAGGAGGCCUUGGGGGUGCAGCAGGCCCAGCCGUGGACCCCCAGCCUCCUGCUGCUCCGCUCCGUGUACACACUGGAUCUGGUCCAAACGAGUAGCCCACAGCCUUUGUGCUGGCGCAGUGUCCCCUGCCGUGGGUGGGCCCUGCAGCAGGAUGCUGAGUGGGCCAGCAGACAGCCUCAGGCCGCGCGGCUGUGCGCGUCCGAGGCCAGAGCCACUCUGCACUGAGGCUCUCUGCCCCUCACUCUCAGGAACCGACUCCUGUUUAUUUUUUCUAUCCACAGCCCAGUAAAGUCCCAAACUAAUCUUAACCCCACUCCCUUUCCUUCCUAUCCAGCUAUUCUUUCUCCCGCCUCUUCCCCCAUCCACUGGUGUAAAAGCCAGAACAGCUCCUGGCCUCAGUUGUCUGGGGCCCCUGUGGAAAAGCACCUCUCUGGAGACUGGAAGGUCGCCAUUCUGGUGCCAUGGCAGCGGCACCACCAGCCCCCUCCCCCACAGCCUCCUGUCUACCCAUUGUCCUUAUUCCCCACUACAGAAUGACUUUCUCAUUAGCAAUCUGGGCUCUGAGUGCCCGCUUCUGCCCUGCCUCCCCCUGUUCACUCUGGUACCCGCUCCCGAUGAGAAACAAAGUCACUGCAGAGAGGCAGGCAGGGUCUCAGAUGGCCCAGCGAUGGGGCAGGUGGGAAGCUAUGCGUGCUGACAGCAGAGUAUCCGAGCUCACGUGGCACAUUGUGACGAAGACGAGAGCAACCGCUGCGCUGUGAGAAUGUGGGGAACUGGAUUACUUCCGGUGAUUAGAUUUAGUGGAGACAUUUGCUUUCUUGGAAGCUAAGAGGAGAAAUGACAACUUAAUAGAAGUUUAAAGGGAUGAGGUACUUUCAACCCAAUGAUGACAGUCACGGAAUUUUCGAGUGGAAAGGCCCAGACGCCAUUGGUCCAACUUUCCAUUGUUGCAUGCCAGGGACCCCUGUGGUCAGGCCCUCUGGGGGCUGGGCAUCUGCUACUCAUAGGUUGGGCAGCUCUAGUGGCCAGUGGUCAGUUUCCUGUGAUGGGAGCAGAAGUCUUCCUGUGGAUUCUUGCUGGGGUCCGCGUCUGCGCUCUGGAGCUCUCCGCCUUGACAGCCCUGAGGUGUGCAGUGUGCGGGCUGUCCUUAACCUGACUGCAAGCUGGUGUUUCCCUGGGCCUUUGCAUUAUUCCCCACAUCCCACGUCCCAUCGCAUCUUGGCCAUCCUCCCCUAGAAAAGAGCAGCCUUUUAAAAUACCCAGGAUGCACCAUUAGCCCAGCACAAAAUCAAUCCAUUCGUCCUUGGUGGUCCAGUAUUAAUAUUUAAAGCAUUUGUUUUUUGUAAGAGUUUUACCCCUGGAAUCAUUUUGAAUGUGCUGGUCAUUUAAGUCCUCCUCAUUGUAGGGUUGCCAGGGACAUCUGGUGCUCAGAGUGACCUGGUCUCUCAGCAUAUACUACCUCUGCCUGUUCCUUUCUUUCCUGAAAAUAGCAGUGUAGUCCCCUGAGACCUGUGAAGUGUCACGUGCUCUUCAAAACCAAGGCUCUAGUUCAAGAUCCCAGUUCCAGAAUAGGAGCUGUGGCUCCUCUGAUAAAACCCCCUGUUCAGAGCAUAUACAAUUCUCUCUUCCAUCUCCAGCCAUUUUCCCAGAAAAGCUACUCCGACUUUGGAACGCUGUCAUCAUGGGCGCACCACUGCUCAGUCUCAGGGAACACUGAAUUAGAGUGAGGAGCCUCGUACCUUCCCUAGCAGGCGUCUCCCUUCUCUUCCUAGGGGGAGGAAAAGCACAGGGGCUCCCGGUGGCUUCUGGGGAGAGGGACCGCUGCCCUCGCAGGAGAAAGGGUUGCCAGGGAAACAUUUCCUCCUCUUCCAGGCAGUCCCCUCGGGGCUGUGCGUGCCUGGCAGGGUCAGAGGAGUCACAAAGCUCUCGGGCUGGGUUCCGCCCCUGCUGCUUCACGGCCUUCAUGUCACAGCGGCCUCUUACCAGAAGGUUUUCCUGUGACGAGAAAUUUUCAGCUUUUUCAUCUCAGGAGGACUGGAGUCUACAGCCCAGGACUAAAAAUGUAAAUCGUUCUAGGUAACUUUCUCUUAUGCAAUGGAUUUAGUUGUUUUUUGUUUUUUGUUUUUUGUUUUUUUUUUUUUUUUUCCCAGACAAACUGAAUUCUGGUCUCUCUCCAGAGAAUAAAGUACAGACGUAUUGACUGGAAGUGCCGUGGGGCAGUGGUCAUAGGGCUCCUAGUUGCCACUGUCUCUCUGGGUGUCGGCAGUCAGCAGGUGCCCUUCUCUUGUGCUGCCUGGCCAGUCACCUCCUGCUGGUCUCCACAGUGGCCACGAGCUUCCCGUCCUCACCUGCUGGUCUCAGUUCUCGGGGGCACCAGGUAGCUCAGGCAGCCCAGGACUCAUGUCUGUCACUUAGUGGGAGGUGAGCUGCCUGUGGAAUGGGGGCACAAGUUGGCUCAGCAGAGCGACACACCCUGUGUCUUCACUAAUUUGGAAUUUCUCAGUGUCCAAGCCAUGCCUUUGGCCAUUCCAGAGGAGCUCUGGCUAAAGUUCACCUUUGUCUCUCGAGAGCUACUCAUCCUGCUCCAGAUAGCACCAGGGAGUGGUGACCCCAGCCCCAUGCCAGCCUCUAGUGCAAGGGCACUACUUUCCCUGCUGGGCCGGUCUCCCUUGAGUAGCUCCUGUCGCUUUCUGUCUGGUUGCAGGAUGCACUGCUGCUUUCCUGGCCAUUCCUUGGUUUCCACCCCAGCCCCACCCCAUGUUUAAGGAGACCUGGCUACAUUGAUUGCUCUGGGCAGCCACUGAGGGGGUUUCAGAUCUCUGGGAACAUUGCACCCACUCUCCGUGCCCCAAACAAACAUGUACUGGCUAGACAGCUACACUCAGAGAGGGUCCUGGCUCUGGACCUCACUACUGUGUGAACUGCUGGCUAUUUCUCCACCAGGGACAUUUAUUUAUUUGAGCUCGAGAUGAGGGAAGCAGCAGCUUUGAAAGCCGUGCACUUCUCAGGCCUCUGCAUUUCUGGCCGCUUUGCAACCUUUCAGGCUCCAGGCAGACUCUGUCCCCUCAGAGACAGCCAGUGUUCGGCUCUGACCCCCUGGGCGGGGGCUGUCCUGAGGCUAGAGGUGGGCGGGCUGAGCGAAGCAGGCUGCCGCAGGGAGAACUGCCCCAAGUGUCGCCAGCUGAUCGGCUUCCAGGCUGCUCCGAAUCUUCCCAGUUCUGCCCAACCAGCACUUAACUCUGGGGCAGCCCUGCAGGAGCCCUGGGGUUCUCCCCAGGGUCUUGGAGGGGCCUGCACUGGGCCCCAUUAUAACUGCGCAUCUGGGGCACCACCCUGAUUUGGAAGGCAGGUUCCAGCCCCUCAAAGGGUGUGAGUUCCUCUGACCCAAUAGCAAACAGCUCUGAGGGCAGAGUGUGGCACUGUGACAGGACAAGGCCUUCGCAGUCAGGACAUCAGGAUGCCGGGGCCUGGUCUUGUCAGCGUGUGGCCCGGGCGCCAUGAUCCGUCGAGCCCCCCCGUGGCCUACAGUUCUGUGACUUACUCAUUCCUUAGGAAGAUCAGGACCUCUCUUAGAGUUCUCUUUCUAAUCUAAGGAAAAAAAAAAAAAAAGCAAAAACUCUUGUUUUCUUCUGCAGACUGUUUAAUGUCAGCAUGUCAAGGUUGGCUUCCCAGCCUUGGUGGAAAGUGAAUUCAGUACUGAGGAUAAUUGAAUGGUGUAGAGAUUGCUUUCCCGCCUAAUGGGUUGGUGAGACUAUUAAAACCUGCAGAGGUGGAAAUGGGAGCUCACGGGGAAAUGGGUGGAAAGCAAUUUGUUGCACGCAGCCUUCGGACAAGCUGUUUUAAUAGGAAGUAGAGCCCUCAGCUUCCUCGGGUGUGACCUGCCCUGGCUCCUCCCACCCAGACAGCAGGCUAAUUGCAUUUCUGCUGAGCACAGCGGGCUCAGGGUCUUGAACUACCCCCGGCCCCUGCCCCAGCAGCCAGAGAAGUCCCCUGAGUGAAGACCCCCUCCCCAGAGACAGGAGGCCCUGGUGCUGCUCGGGAUGGCUUUGGUGUAGAGCAGACAUUCAGAGGAGAUGCCGGAGCAGUAAGCAUGGCAAGCCAGAGGCCACUCCGCUCGCAAGGUGCCUACAGGGCCCACGUGAGCGGAGUGAGUGGGCAGAGUCCCUGGAGUGGAGGCGGCUGCAUUCCGUGGGAGAGGAGGGUGGAGGGCGGGGCUUGGAGUGGACAGCAGGACGGAGGCGGAAAGGGUCUCCCAGAGGCAAGCUUCGGCAUGUGGAGAUGAGUUCUGUGUCGCGGGUGACUUCGCCCUCAGCCUCCUGCUGAGUGGAGAUUUUAAUCAGCUUCCCUAAUGGGUAUUGACACUGCUCAGGAGCAGGAGACCCUGUCAGGGACAGCUAUUGAUCGCUUAGGCCCUGAUCAGAUUGGAAAUAGAUCAACUUCGCGGCAGCACAGGAACUGCCCUUGGCACAGCUGCUGGGGAGUGAGGUGGUCUCUGAGGGCGGAGACUGCUGGAACAGCCCGUCUGCAGCGGCGGGCACAUCGCUGGGACGUGGUGGAGGGCUGGCAGCCCGGGCCGGGAAGCCCCUCCUUGGGAAGGGGGCUGUGUCUGAAGGUAGCGCCACCCAUGCAUGCUCUGGCUGGACCUACGAAGUUUAACAGUUUGGGGAUCAUUGGUGCUUCUAGCCCGUGUGCGUGCACAUGCCCAGCCCAGAGCUUUCCAAAUGAGGUCUGCCAUGGGUGUUUUGUUUUGUUUUGUUUUGUUUUGUUUUGUUUUUUUGAAAGGCAGAGUGAGAGAGAGAGAUCUUCCAUCCACCAGCUUACUCCAAAUGCCCUAGCACAGAGGUCUGGGUCUGGCCAAAGCCAGAAGCCAGGAACUUCCUCCUGGCCUCUCACAUGGGUGGCAGGGGCCCAAGCACUUGGCCCAGGCACCUCUGCAGGAAGCUGGAUCAGAAGCAGAGGAGCUGGGAUCUGAACCGGUAGGGGAUGUCGGCAUCGCGGUUCCCAGCUUCACCCCUGGCACCUCAGCACCAGGCCCUAGGGCUUGCCUAUUCUUGGUUAGAAAUGGGAACUCAGAAGCCAGAUUGAUCCGCGUGCACUGUUCUGUAAUUCAGAUCUGUGCUCUCUGCCUCCCGCUCCCUGGGAGGGCUUCUCCUGAGCUCUUCCCCAGUGCUUUGCUUAUCAUUUUGGACGGGUGAUCUGCCAGAGUGAUGUUUUCUGUUGUUUCUUCUCUAAGUUUUCCUCUAAUGCUUCCAAUAAAGCUUUCUUGGGUGGCCCCCGGAGGUGACAUCAGGCUGCUCUUAUGUCCUUCCAAGAUAAACACGGCCGUCCUUUCCCUCCCGGCUCCCACCGCCUUCCUCCUGGUUUCCCUCACUUGCAGCUCAUGGUGCUUCGGAAAGGAGGGUUCCCCUGAGCCAGACGACAGCCCUGGCAGAGCCUCAACCCCCAGCAGCCAUCCCCGACCUGUGCUCACGUCCAGCGCUCCAGGCUGGGCCGAUGGCUGCUCCGAGACGAGGCCUUAGGCCUCUGGGACUCUGUCACUGGCCAGGGAGGUCAUGGCGCGCAGUCUGCUCUGCCGUCCCUGUCGGCUGGUAAGGCAGAAGAGUGUCUUCAGCACACAGCUGAGUGGUGUCGGUGCCCUUGCAACGCAGCUCCACACUGCACUGCAGGAGAAGCACUUAGCAGGGGAGGGGGAGCCUCUGACAUUCUCCCAGAACCAGAGCUGGGGGGCAGAGUGCAGUACCAAACAAGGGACACGCUAGGGCCAGGACCUGUUCCGCUCUCCCUUCAAUGUGUCUGCCCUGGCUCGUUCUCUCCCACUCUGCUGGAACCUAGAAGAUUCUAGUUUGUCCUCUGGUCAAGAGGGGCAAGGUAUAGGGCUGCAGGGGCACAGGAGGGCUCUGGGGGGGGGGGGGUGCAGCAGUCCCAAGUACCUUCUCCUCUAGCCAGGGUCCUGGAGCCCUCAACAGGUCGGGCCUGCCGCCUGUUGCCCCCCCACCCAGGCUGGGCCAUGGCUUCCACGAAAAGCACACAGAAAUAUGUCUCUCCUUUGCAUCCCUCUUCUUGGGGUUCAAACCGCCUCUCAGGCCCUACCCAAAUGGUUUCCCUCCCUCCAUUCUUGCCUCUGCCCUGACCUUGGUCAGGUGCAGAAAACCACGCCGGUGCCCCCAUGCCUCUCCCACCUCUGCGGUGGUGUCUUGCGUCUUUGCUCACUCCACCCUUCCGCCCUCGCCUUGCCCCCACCACAGGUGAAGCACCAGAUGGAGCUGUUUUUCGGCUGAGUUGUAUGGAUUAACUUUAGCCCACUGUAAAUACACCUGGGCUGGGGCGGGGUGGGGUGUUCAGGGAGGGGAAGCCAGACUCGCUUUGUGAACUGAAUGUAUUUUUAUGCAAUUUUGAGUGGCCUUUCAACCCUGAGAUGAAUGAUUCGUUUUAUCGGUUGUUAUUAUAUAGUAUUAAGUAUUCUGUGUUUGAAAGUUUGAGAAUAAUAAUAUUCACAUCUAUAUGAUGCCUGUAAACACAACAGUAUUUAUA